AUGGCAGCCGCCGAUAGACAACAUAUUUAUCAAACUAUUCAAACAAGUCUUGCUCAUAUUCCAUCAUAUAUUGGACAGGAACCACUAGAUGAUUAUUGUAAUAGGAUUGAAACAGCCAUCAGCUAUACUGAUACAAUGAUUACUGAUGCUAAUACUGCAAAUGCCAAUACUUUUACUGAUGCACAUAAGGCAGAUAUUUAUAAAUCGAAAAUGGCGGGAAAAACAGUUGAUACUCAUCAGUCUGCUAUUCAAAGAUUAUCUCAAGAAACGUUUAAGACUGAUGAUAAUCCAGAAACAUAUGAAGCUAGAAUUCGUCAAUAUAUAUUAGGUGUGCCUGAUGAUGAUGCUAAUGCUUUGGGAUUUCUCAUGGCUCAUUUACCCAAUGAGCUUUUUAUUAGAAUGGAAGGAACAAAUCCUGGUAGUAUUACAGCUUUCUUUACUACACUUAAAGAAUUAUGA